GUUUCAUAAACAAAAGUGUUCGAGUAUGUUGUGUUAAUUUCAUUAUUGCAUGAUGUUAUGUUGGCUGUGGGAAGCUAGAAGAAGAAACAACAAGGAUUUGUUUUGGUGAUGUUUUGACAGUUGGAAAUUUAACUAUAUAUGAAUGCAUUAAUGUUACUAAUAUGCAGUUUGUUGGCAAAAUGCAAUCUGGAAAGAUGGUCCUAAGCCACGAAAGCAAGUCAGGGGCACUUCUCGACAUGCUGGCCGAGGUAGCAUCCCAGAAGCUCCACUCCGACCCUGCAGUUCGGUCGCCAGCCGUGGGACGUUCUCCUUCAUCCAGACUCCCCAGCAAACCGAAGCGUCUGUUUUGUCACGGAAAGGCCAUGAACAAUACUUCAGUUACUUUGGGCGAACUGCAAAGCUUGUCGCCCAAUCAUCUGUUGAAGCUCUUUGCAGACUUUGAUGGGGAUGAAAUGAAAAGGACGUUCUUGUACACUUGCUGCAUAGAUACAGUGAACUGCCAUCAACAAUUCUCUAGUUUUGGAAGUGAGAUCAAAGCCCGUGAGCAGAUGAAAAUUCACUUGCAAAGCCAUGUCAGUAAGCUUUCAUCUGAAGGUAAUUCGACAAUGAGGUUUGAAACAGUGGAAUCUCAGAAACGGAGAACAAACGGUGACUGGAAGGAAAUUUCCCUUGGCAAGAAAGUUCAGAGGACUAGAAAGGACUGUGUGUUCCAACCAAGAGAGCCAGACGAGAACGACAGCAACAUCCCGAACAAGAAAUUGUGCAGCCCGAUCAGCAGAGAGCCUGCAACCAUCCAGAAGUGCCCAGGGCUGGAGGGGUGGGACAGGGCCGGAGGACAGGUGUCGUGUAGCAUCUACCGGGAACACAACUACACCAGCUUGACCCCGGCAGCUGGUCCGGAGCCCGGAGAGGGAGAUACCCCUGCCCCAGAUGCUGAGCACUCCUUCAUUCAGGUGUUUGACGACACAAUGAGCGUGGCGCAGUAUGAGGAGAUCCCUGUGUACGAGACCGAUAAAAACUUGGAGGAAGGAGUAGCAGUCUCCAAACAGGCAAAUGACGUAGUUUUGGUAUGUUGUGUUGACGAUAACUGGGUCAAACAACUUACCACCUACAGCACCGCUAAUGUCACUGCAAACAUAAAUGAUCCAGAGCAUUUUGUAUCAGAUGAAUUGCCAGUGAAGAAUGAAGAACAUGAAACCCUUAAAAAGGAAGAGGCUGUUAUUGUCAGUUGCAUGGAACCACAAGAAGAGAGUUUAGAAAGGAAGAAACCAAAAGGAAAGGCAAAAUUUAUUGGACAGUCAAAAGUUGAAAAGGAGAUGGCAAUUGCCAUGAUAGAAUCAAUGAAGCGGAAAGGAAAUUCAACGGAAUGCUUGGAGUGCAGAAUCUGUAAUCCGCCGAGAGUGUUUACGGCACUCACAACCCUCAUAAGUCACUACAGGAGUCAUGCCGGCAUCAAGCCGUACGAGUGUCGUAUCUGUGGCUCCGUGUUCACGCGGCAGCACAGCCUCAACUACCACAUGCUGAUCCACUCAAACAAGACCCGCUUCACCUGCACCGACUGCGGCCGCACGUUCAGACACCCCUCGCACUUCAAGGAGCAUCGCAGGCGCCACACCGGCGAGAGCCCGUACGAGUGUGCCGAUUGCACGGUCAGAUUCAAGACACGGAAUACUUUCAAAAGGCACAUGAAAACUCGUCAUGGGAAGCUGUUAACCACAACAGGCAGUGUGGUUGCAAUGUCUGACGAUGAGUUUGCCCAAGUUGGAACUGUGAGAUCACAAGUGGCUCUACAGGUACCGAAAAAGGCUCUCAAGAUCAAGAAACAAGAACGUUUUGAUGGUAACCCAGGCGGCCUGGAGUCUGACCCAUUAGUCUGUGUCAAAACUGAAGCGUCUCCAACGCAACCUGAGGAUCAUCUCCUUGGCGAUAUUGUCGAGAAGGCGCUGAGACAGAGUGACAUUUCGUUCCCUGGAAAUGACGAGCUCGUGAGCAAGGUGAAGGUCGAAACUGUGUGGGAGGAGCCUCCUCUAUGUGCGUCGGGCUCAGCUGCGCUGUACAGCAUCAUUGCUGAGCAGAGCGAGCAUGAAAGCUUGGUCGAGGUCAAUCCACUCGUUCACACAUUGACGGCCACUGUUUCUAGCAACGUCCAUGAGAACAAAUUUGCAGACAGAAAACUGAGUGUUGCUGCAAUAGCAGCGGACCGAUUUGGUUUUGUCACAUCAGCCGCUGAAGUUUUUCAGCAUGCUUGAAUUUGUUAUUUUUGCCAUUUGUGCACCAAACCUAAAAAAAGUUGAACAUUUGAACAUUUGGGAAGCCCCAUUUUUUUAUUAAUGCAAAUAAUUUGGUGUCAUCUAAAGUGUAACACACAUUUAAUUUUUAAGCUAAAUAUCAAAAGUAGUAGUCAUGCACCAUGGUGACUAGUUUUAGUGCCUUUUCAAUAUUUUAUAAAAAAAAAUUAGAAUAUUUAUUAAUAGUACAUAAUAUGUAUUACAUAUAUUUUGUUGUGUCAAAAAUAUUCUUUUUAAUUUUCUUUGCUUUUUUUUUAAUUAACUGUGCAAAACUUUUGAAGACAGAAUCAUAAUUAUUUAAUGAAAUUCUUCUGUGUAAAAUUUAUCUAAAAAAAAAAAUUUUGUAUUGAUAAAACUUCCUAUAUGAUACAGCAACUUUCCCACUUUCUUAAGGACUACAUUCUUAACCCAGUUACGAAAAUAACAGUUUGCUUAAGUCAUAAUAUGACUAAUUUUUCCACAUUUUGAGUCUAAAUACAAACAUUUAAAAGAAAAAUGUGAGCGAGUCUUUCAGAACUCACCAGUGAUGUGUAAACAUCUAACCUCGGUAACGAGCAUAUUCAUGUGCUCAUGUUGCUUAUGUUGCAAAUAAACUUAUAACACGAAACUCGGACACUAAAUUUAAGGUAUAAUUCUGUAAAAUAAUGCUGAACAUUAUAAAUAAUUUGAUAAAUAAAACAGUCACUUUUCAAAUACCAACAUUUCUAGAUGUGAAUUACACACACUUUCUGCACCCGCCGCUGCCUGAAUCGUAAACACUUUUAGCCACUAUCAAUUGCAGAUAGCAAUUAGCAACUUGAAACAACCGGAAAUUUUAAACUAUUAUUAACGGCUCUGAUGAAACCCUGUCUUUGGACCUGAUUUUCAACAAGGAAUUUUAUUAAAAUACUGCCCAGCUUGUUAAAAUUUACUGAACAGCUAAUACUAUAAAGAUUCCGCACAUGAUAGAAGUUAUACUUCUAUGGUAUUACUAUAAUAUUAACCAGAAACAUUUUAAAACACAUAUUAUAACACUAAGUAUAUUGUAUUUGUUUUUGCCUAAACGACUUAAAUCAGUCUGUAAAUACUUCCUACAAACAAACCUUAACCUUAUUGAACUGAUUCAACAUUAAUAAUAAUGUUAUUUAAAAAGUUUGAAAAAAUUCCACUGGCAAGAUUCAAACCUUGCAUCUUGAGGUUACCAAGCACACACUCUACCGCUGUGCUACUAAGCCUAUUGGGAAUUUAGAAGAAGUAUGUGUAUUGCAAUCAUUUCAAUGCCAGUUUUGUUAGGUAUUUUAAAGCUUGUGAUUUAUUUUUAUUAUGACUAUUUUAGUUUACCAAAUAUAUUCCAGGGUAGUUUCAUUAUCAUUAAGAUUCAUUUGGCACACCUAUACGUUUUUGUAUGACCCCUAAUGUUUACGAAAUUGUAUACAGAUUUAUGUUGCUGCACGUGAGUCCACAAUCUUUGUGACACUUUUCCAUUCAACAAAUUUUCAUGAAAUUACUCCUACCAAAUGCUCUAUUCCGAGAGUUAAGAUGUUUACACAUCAAUAACCUAAUUUAAUUACGGUAAGCAGUAUCUACAACUAUAGUGAGAAUAUAAGACAAUGUGUUCAGGAUUUUUUUUUUAUUUCUAUUUUGCAUGUUCCUAGUACAAUUACUUAUUACUAAUAGCCAUUAAGAAGCCAAGUUUCACACAAACAAAAAAAAAUCAAACCAAGAAUCAGCUUGAAACAUGGAGGCCUUCAAAGAACAUCUUAUAUUAUUUACUAAGAAAAAUUUGAAGGCUUUUAUUGCUAACCUAAAUGUUAUUAAUUUUGUAAUUUAACAGUCAGGCAUGUUUAGUCCUAAUGAUAUGCCAUAAGAACAUAGUGUUUCUCCUUGCGUCAAAAUUAGUUUUUAAAAAAUGGACCUUUUGAAAGCGAUUUAUAAGAUAAGUAACAAGACUGUUUAUCAAGAAAAUAGACAUUAUUUCUAAAGUAUUAAUAUUUUAACAACUAGUUGAGUUACUGUUUAAAAGUUUUUCCUAUAAAAAAGGAAUAUUAAUAAUGCUAAACUUCAGAAUCAGCUGAAAGCUCAAUGCUGCUAGGCACAUGGGCCUGCCAUGGUUAACAUUAUGUGCGAUAAGUCUUGUGUUUGGUUUCAAGAGAAAAUGAGACUGUAAUGAUUUUCUUUCAAUGACCAGACAUUACUUUAAAAUACUCAUUUGUCGAUGCAGACACAUUCAUAGAUUAUGCCUAACCGCAUUGGAAAAACAUAUGCCAGGAGUGAAGACCACUUUGAAACAUCUCCUACUGGAAAAUAAGACAUUGUACUAGCAGAAUAUAUGUUGUCUGGCACCAGAGGAGGCUUGAUUUUGACUUAAAAAGCCAGUUACAUGUCUACAGGCAGCAGUGCAGUACGUAUUAUGUGCUUGCUAUUUAAAUAUUGACUCAUCAGCAAAUUUUCAUCAUUUCUAGCUUAUGAAACUCGUGUUAUUGCUGUAAUAUGUUAAGUGUAUAACUGUGUACAGUAUUUUUUUAUAUAUAUAAUUAAUUUUUUGGGUUUGAUCAGAAUUCUUUUAGCAUUCCAGUUUCUAGGUAUUAUUUAUUUUAUGCCUGAUCAUAGUGAUCAUUCUAAAGUGGUAUACAAGAUGAUUGUGUUUGUUUAUUUACUGUCACACUACAUAACUUUCUUGCAAAAUCAUAAAAGUGGAUUGAGUGAUAUAGUUAAGUUUUGGUCCUUUUUACAAUAUCAGGUUUUAUUUAUUCCAAACUUUGCUGUGAAAAUUCUUGUACUUUUUGAUUAACUGCAGAUGAUAAGGGAACCAAAAAAGCAACCUUACUAACCAAUAUUAUGAAGCAGAAAAUAUAUUCUGAAAGUAACAUUUUUAAUGUGCCUAUGUAACUUAAGUCUGAAAAUAAUUACUAUAAUACCUAGUAAUAAUUUGGCUUAUGAAACAAUUUGGAAUUUUUUGUUUUAUUGGUUUUUUAAUUUUUUAUUUUAUUUCUCAUUAUAAUUGUAUUUAACUUAUCAGGUAGUAAUAUGGUCCAUUUUAAAAGUGAUUAUUAUUUGUAUAAUUUGCCUUGCACAGCAGCUGUCAUAUGUUUUCAAAAAUUAUAUAAGCACGUAUUGAUUACAUGAUGCACCUACUCUAUGCAUUGGUGUAUAUUAAGUCAUGAAUAAGUUUCAUAUUUGUUGAUAACAUUGAUUAUUUUGAAAUUAAUUAUGCAAUUUGAAAAGUAUUUUUUUUGUUCCAAAACAUUGUGUCAAUUGAAAUUAAAGAUAAAAGAAAAAAGUUUCACUUAAAUUUUUUUAAGAGAGAGUUGGUGUUUUGUGCAGCUAUCACAAAUACAUACGAUGGUAUCAAACAAUUCUUUUUUUUUUUUCCAAGGGUUAAUUAGAUGUUUUAUUUGAACUUUAUUCUUGUAUUAUUCUUUAUUAGCUUUCUUAGCGGCUUGUACAGAUUAUGAGUUUGUUUGUGAUCCUACAAGGGCUUUGUCAUUUUGAUAAAGUUAUUCAUUAGCUUAGGUUUAGUGAUUUUUUGUGAGUCAUCAGGCUAAGUUCCCUAAUCGUUUAAAGUUGCUGUUUUAAAAAACAUAAAACUAGAAUUAACUUUGCUGCAUGUUUAAAUUUCUGUAUGUUAUUUGACAGUAAAGAGCGGUGUAACGUAAUAGAUUGAUGGAUGUUGAAAUUUGCCAAAUUUGUUAGCAAGCUUAUUUGAGCACACAGAAAGGUAGCCUAUAUGCCACAGAGUUACCAUGGUAAGGUGAGAACUGUGUGUCAUUAGUAAAAUUCCUAGAUUGUUGUUAGUUUUUUAUUAUAUUAAUGUGUAAUCCAGAAUGUCAGUUGUAGCAUUUUCAAAUGAACAGAACACCUGAUUUUUCUUAUUUUGUGUUUGCUAUGCCAUAUUUUGGUUGGCAUUUUUUUUUUUCUUUUACUGAAUAAAAGCUAUCAUGUGUCACUGAACACACAUGGCAGCUUUAAAAAUGGCAAAUGGGGCUGGAAUAUCUCCCCCUGAAAUAUACUGGAGCAUCUUGUUAUCAUUCCUACACAUGCCAACCUCUGCCAUCUCCAAACUCUCUCACAGGUCCUCAAAUCUGAGAAAGUACAUAACAGGGGUAUGGACUAACUGCAAUUCCUUGGCUGCCGUAAAUAAUCAUUUGCUGUCCUUAACAUAUGGUUACACAACCCACACCCUUGCUGUAUUGUUUUCAAUGAGAUAGUAGGGUUUUUUAUUUUAUUUUUUAUAAAAAUAAAAAUAAAAAUAAAAAUUCAGUUACAUUAGGGACUUAGGAUUUAAAGAAAUUGCUCUGAAAAAUUUUAUUUUUAUGCAAGAGAGCAAGUGACAGUACACCAGCUGGUGAAAGUCACCCCUGGAGUCUCUCAACCCAUGAUUUACCAUUUGUUUUUAUUGAAAUAUUGUUUAAAUAACACUAACUUGCUGCUUGUAUAAUUCAAGCAACCUAUCGUAAUGAUUACAUUGGGGUUCGAUGUUUAGAGCUUGUUAAGCUAAAACUAAAUGGCUUUAAUUGUAAUUGGAUCUGUUUCAUUUUUGUGUUUAUUUUAAUUUUUUGCAGAAAUUACUUCAAAAACCUGGGAGUAAACAGGAAAAAUUUGAAUUAGUGCUGGGGCAUCCAACCUUUAAAAAGUUACUAGUAUUUUUAAAUCCCGCAGGCUAGUUUGUGUUUUGUUCAGUCUUUUGGCAGCAGCAACAACAACAACAACAACAACACCAACAACAACAACAACAACAACACCACCACCACCACCACCACCACCACCACCACCACCACCACCACCAUCAAUACUACUAUCACAAUGCACAACCACUACCAGUACCACCACCACAAUACUACUACCAAUAACCACUACUAAGAAUACCACCACCAAUCCAAUCCACCACCACUACUACCAAUACCACCACCACCACCACCACCACCACCACCACCACCACCACCACCACCACCACCACCACCACCACCACCACCACC